AUGAAGAACGAAGAACGCCUCGAUCGGUGGGCUGAUUACUUCGAACAAGAACUGUCGUGGCCAUCAGCUGGCACUAAUUUAGAGCCCACAGGUGAAGGAGAACCCUGGACAAUGAACGGGGAACCACCUACAGCCUCGGAGGUUUACGACUGCAUAUGUUCCCUCAAGCGCCACCGAGCUCCCGGUCCGGAUGACCUUCCACCCAAGGAUCGCGAUGAAGUCCUCAUUUGGGACAACGUGGAAGAACGUUCGAUCAAUCCAGUGAACACUUCUUUCCUAGAAGUUUACAUCUUCACUCCCUACUUUUUUUCGGGCCUCACGUCAACCAAAGAAGCGUUCGAUGGGUGUGUGAUACAGUGUGGAGAUCUGCCGAGUACUCACGUGGCUCCUCGAAACGACCCUACGUGA